GAGGCAGUGCAGAAGGCGCAAGAAGCCUGGGCAAGUGCUAUCAAGCAGAUCUCCAAGACGUACCUUGAGGGGGGAGACUAUGUUGCCGCAGCUGCGGAAGCAGCGGGGGAGCUGUACGGGUACGGCCACUCAGAGGUGCUCUUCAAACCAACAAAGGCAGCUGAGGCGCAGUUUCGGCCAAGUGCUUCCGAUGCCAUGUCCUACUUCGUUGGGAGCGAUGCGGUCGAGGGCGGCUACUCGGAGGAUUCCGGUUUUGCCAUCAACGGCGGCAAGGGCUGGUCGGAGGUCGUGUUUGAAAACCACCAGACUAAGCUGAAUGGUCCCAUUGCGAUUGCUAUGGGCAACUACCAUUUCACCUGUGCCGCAACGGGUGACAAGACCAAAGUUGAGUAUACCUUCGGCUACAAGAAGAACGUAGACGGCAAGCUCCGUAUCUUUCUCCAUCACUCUUCCGUGCCAUAUGUCUCUGCUGGCAGUCCCACUGUAGUUGCCAACCUAAUUUCGGAAGAAGAGGUGCAGAAGGCGCAAGAAGCCUGGGCAAGUGCUAUCAAGCAGAUCUCCAAGACGUAUCUUGAGGGGGGAGACUAUGUUGCCGCAGCUGCGGAAGCAGCGGGGGAGCUGUACGGGUACGGCCACUCAGAGGUGCUCUUCAAGCCGACGAAGGCAGCUGAGGCGCAGUUUCGGCCAAGUGCUUCCGAUGCCAUGUCCUACUUCGUUGGGAGCGAUGCGGUCGAAGGUGGCCACGCCGAGGACUCCGGUUUCGCCAUCAAUGGCGGCAAGGGCUGGUCGAAUGUUGUUUUU